GUCUUCCGGCACACACUUGAAACAUGGCCAAAUAAUUUACAAUUCUUACACAGCAGUGGUUUGGGGACGAAAGUAUCUUACAUAACCAAGCUUCACAUGCGGACGUAUUUGCACUUUAUCAAAAAACAACAGGACCGACAGACUUUAUUUUCUCCAUUCAGGACAUUUAUCUUCACCAACUUUGCUCGACGCGCUGCUUGAUUCGAACUCAGCAUCCACAUCUGCCACGUUAAUUGUCCUAACCUGCCAAGAUGGCCCCCUCCCUCUCUCUUCUCUGAGACUCCUGGUGCCCCCGCUGCGUCUGAUGUCUGCGGUCAUGUGGCAGGUGGUGGGGCGGCGGAGUUUGGAGCAUUAUGGGAAGCUGGAGGACUUUGUGUGUUUGGUCACAGAGACCGUUCCAGAACUACUGACUGACAGGCAGAGAGCAUUACUGCUUCUGGGCCUCAGAGCAAAGAUGUCCCAGGAGUGGAUAGUCGAGGAUGUCGCCCCAGAACUCAUCCAGACUCACCUGGACAGGAUCCAGUCCAUCUGUCUGACAAAGUCCAGUGACAAGGCCUUUGAGGAUGCCAAAGCCAGGCUCAUGGCGUACACCCGGAGGAGUCCAGGAGAUCGAUGGGCUUUUGGUCAAUACUUUAAUGCAGAGCUGGAGUCUCUGGUGUGUGUGUUCCUCUCCAGACUGGAGGAGCUGCUGCCAGUACCAGACUUUAAACAGGCUGCUUCCUGGCUUGAUUCUGUCCCCGGUGGUGUUGAUGAAUGUCUGCAGUCUAUCCCCCACAGUGACAGGCUGAGGUCUGUGCUGCAGAGCCAAACGUGCUGCCGGGAACACCUGGUAAAUAGAGACUCCAGCCCAUCCCAGACCAACCUCCUCAGCUCUCUACCUGUUUGUCUUCCAAAUAUGAUGGUGUACCAUCCCUCUGCCGACUCUGACAGUGAGUCAGAACCCUUCCCUGAGGAAAGGAUGGAUGAAGAGAGAGGAGAAGAACAGGAGAAGGUCUGCAUCAACCGAGAGGACGAUGAGAAAUCGAAAGUAGCCGAGCUGAUUGGUCAAGACCAGGAAUCAGCCAAUAGAGUGGGAGGAGAAACGGAAACGUCCAACCUAGGGAUUCUGGGUUUCAUUGUUCAGAGCCAAUCUAUAAUGAUUAUCCCCCAGCCGGGCCAGCACUCUCUUGCUGUCGUCUCCCAGUCUGCACCCACUCUCACCCUGCCUGUGGCCUGCAGGGGGCAGACUGCAGUCAACUCUCCCUCAGGACAGAGCAGGCCCUCGCCAGAGAGGAACACGGUUCCUGUGAGCAACCAAAAGCCCCAGGCCUCACUGGGGAGCAUCAUCCCUGAGUCGUCUGAUAAGCCUGUAGAAUGUAUUAGGGUGGAGAGUGACACAGACAGCCCCACAGGAGAGUCCUCGUCUUCCGAGACGCUCCCGUCUAGCGUAUCCCACAAUCCCCGGCGUGUUGCCCACAAGUGCCCGACGUGCGGGAAGUGUUUCAUCUACCGUUCCCAGGUGCUGCGUCACCUGACCACACACUCACGAGGCGGCCGCUACAAAUGCGCCCAGUGUGGCGUUGGCUUCCCAACGCCCUGGAGCCUGAACGACCACAAGCGCUCUGUGUGUGUCACCGCCACCUUCGACUGCGCCCAGUGCGGGAAGCGGUUUGCGUCGCUCCGCGAGCAGUACCGCCACCGCCUCACCCACAAGACCAACACCUGUUUUCAAUGUGGGGCGGGCUUUAGGACCCAGCUGGAACUGACCCGACACCACAAGACCCACUGGGCCCAGCCGCUGCACCAGUGCUGCCUGUGCGGCAAACGCUUCCGCCUCCUCUCCAGCCUGACCAAUCACAAGCAGACUCACUCGUCCGGCGGCGGCUUUGCCUGCACCCAGUGCGAGCGUGUGUUCGGCUCGGCGAAGGAGCGCGACGCCCACCGGCAGAUGCACCGCGUACCCAAACUCGUCUGCCCUGUCUGCGGCGAGACAUUCACCUCGCAGGCCAAACUCAUCAAACACCAGCAGACCCAUCCGGUCCCAGAGGGGAGCGAGGGCCAGAGGUACAAGUGCCGUUACUGUGAGGAGACGUUUACAGGCCUGACCCUCAUGAGGAUCCACCAGAGAAGCCAUCUUGUGGACAGACCUCAUCAAUGUGACCAGUGUGAGAAGAGCUUCACUACUCUGGGGUCCCUCCAGUCCCACCUCAGAACCCACUCGGAGGAGAAGCCCUUUCUCUGCGCCCACUGCGGCAAGCGCUUCCGGACCAAAGACGGCAUGGAGGGACACCUCCGGAUCCACACGGGCGAGAAGCCCUUCCACUGCUCCUACUGCGGGAAACGCUUUACGGCGCUCGCCGGGUUGAACGUUCACGUGCGGCGGCACACGGGCGAGAGGCCGUACGUGUGUGAGGUGUGCGGAAAGGCGUGGCCCUCUGGUGGGGACUUGCAGAAACACAUGCGCUGUCACACAGGAGAGAGACCUUACAGCUGUGUUGACUGUGGGAAGACAUUCUCCAUAUCCUGUCACCUGACAGAACACAUGAAGACACACUCAGGUGAGAAGCCGUUCUCUUGUCCAGAGUGUGGGAAGAGCCUGAAGAGGAAGUUUGAUCUGAAGAAGCACCUGUUGACUCACUCUGGAGUGCGUCCGUACCCCUGUCCUCACUGUGACAAGAGCUACACCCGCCGCACACACCUCAACAGGCACCUACAGAAACACUCGGCUGAGCUGUUAGCAGCAGCAUUGUAGCCCCAGCAUCAUUUGCCCAUGGAUGGACAUCUCAAUAGUAUUCUGUCCUUGAAAUAACAAUGGGCUCCCAUCACCAAGAUUCUGAAUUCAAUGACUUCCAGAGACUAGAGCAACAGAACGUUCUGCCUAAGAUGGCAGGGGGACGCAAUGUCUCCCUGCUGGUUGAGUUAGAUUGACCGAGAUCAUGUGACCUUUCCUGAUUCAUUUUGUGUUAAUCAAGAAUAUGAUUUCUGUGUGGUCUGACUGUAGUCUGUCAUUAUCAAAUAGACCUAAAGCCAUUUCUGUCUCCUGAUUUUCUAUGUUGUGGCCUCAUUUUUUGGUGAAACAGUUCAUUAUAAAAUAGUUGACUGAUGGGUAAUUGUUGCCUGAAUAAUGCCUCUUCAACUUAUAUCCUGUCUGUAAUUCAGUUUAAUAUUUUCUUCUGUGCUUUGAUAAAACCUAUCCCAAGUUCUA